AUGGAAAAUAUGCUUAACGAUCCUCCAAAAGCGGUUAAAGAAUUAGCCAAAAUUUUUUUGAAUCAUGAAAAUAUUCUGAUCAUCGAAUUAAUCACUUUAAAUGCUCAACGUGAUGAUUUACUAAAUGAAUGGAACAUUUAUUGUAAACUUGAUGAAGAAUUGGAUGAAAACAUAAACUUGGAUAAAUAUUGGAAAGAAAAAUCUGAUGGUUUACCUUCUCUUUCAAAAAUCGCUUUAUUUUAUAUCUGGUUACCUGUAUCCGGUGUUGAUGUAGAAUGGAGUUUUA